CUCCCUAUUUCAUUCUGCUUAGAUAUGAGCGACCGCUGGCUUCUGGCUUUGUUUUGUAUUCCUCGAGGCGCUUAGAGCAGCGCAGGGGGCAUUCGUGCCCACUUUGCACAACACCCCUGCAAGGUAGGUCAAGCAGGCUGAGACAAACUCGCCAAAACUGCUAGAUGCACGCUGGAUGGGAUCUGAACCUGAAGCUCCCAAGUUCCAUGUUGCACCCACUGAAAUUGGCCGACGGGUUCGUAAGCAGGGUUCUGUAUGUUGUGUGUUGUGUUGGGUGUGCACAGAUUGGCUACUAAUGAAUCAGUGUAAAAAGUCAUUCAACAAUUAGGUCUUUGAUGUUGUGUACUAGAUGUCCUGGUCGUGAGAACAAAGGCAAUCCUCAAAAAUACUUGAGGAUGUGUGUGUGAUUUCUGCCUCGGUUUGCUCAGAGGACCCACAACUUCAGCUUUUAAGUUGUUGUCCUUUAUGCUUUGUUGGGCACUGCCCAGGCUGAUCUGUUACGGUCGUACUUUUUCUGUCAUACUUGAAGAUUUAUUCGAUGUGUGGUUUUUAAAUAUAUGUGAUGAACUGGCUUGUGGUCCUACAGUUUGAAUGGGUAAAAUUCAGGGAGAGAAAUCGUUUUUUUAAAACCAGCUGAGUGAGAGACUGAGCAUAGAUAAUCCUUGCAGAAUAGUGUUUGCUUUCUCUCCACUCCAACACCAUGUUCACAGAGUCUCCUUUCCCUGCAGUACGAAUGCCAGAGCAUUACGAGAUAUCAUUCAGCCCAUUCUCCCGGGGGACCAUCCUGAGUGAUGUAAUAUGCAUCCUUUUGGGCAGGCAAGCCUCCAUAAAUUAGUGGUUUUCAGCACACCCUGUAGCAUCUGCCAGAAUGAAUUUAAACUGAGUACAGUUGUUGGCUGGGGAUAACAUAAGUCGUUCAGAGCAAGCAAGCCACACUGAAUUUUCCUGAAGUCUAGCAGCAUCUACUGCCUCUACUUCAAAAUACAUCGCUGUAAGAAAUGCAUGCAGGCGUGCUAAAUCUUGGGGAAGAGGGAAUAUGUGGCCCUGUGCGAGCAAAAGUGGUGAGAUCAGUUUCAAGUGCAUGAACCACGGGACAACCAAAAUAGACGCAGGUGGCACAUGGGCUCCAGGAUUAGGAACAAAUUCAGGACACAUUAGCAAGCUGUCCCCGCACCAGGAAUAUCACUGCACCCGUUGAAUAACCUCAGUCGGAAGAUUUGUAACUCUAGAGUUCAUACGACUCCACGGAAUUUUAUGACGCACCAGGCAUGCUUACAGACGGGCGCACAACACCGCCUGGUUUCCAAACACGGUGCUGGUGUACCGAAGUGUCUUUUAGUGCGUGCAUUACUUAAACAAAGCCAGGUUUAUCUGGUGAGGAGUUUAUUUUCUCCGAGGUAGCGCAGUCCUUGCAAGCCACUGGCAAGUCACAGGGCUUCUGUACGCCGCAGGUCUGUCUGCCACGAUGUGCGUUGCGGUCCAGGCUGGAAGGCGAGGGGCGUGUGCCUCAUGAGGGAGAGUCACAGGAACUGAGGUCAUUUCUUGCAAACGCUGAAGAAAUCCGAAGUUAGCAGGGUCACCGGAGGAACUGGAGCUGUAUUCGAGGAAGGCAGAUUCAUCUGCCUCGCUGCUAUGGCGAAUGUCACCCUCCAGCUGCAGUCCCUGAACUCCAGUCCCAGCCCCUUGGAUGUGGGCAACUGCAGCAGCGAGGACAACACCUACAAGUGCAAGUUUGACGAGGACUUCAAGUACAUCCUCCUGCCCGUCUCCUACGGCAUCGUCUUCGUGGUGGGCCUCUGCCUGAACCUGCUGGCCCUCUACAUCUUCAUCUUCAGGAUCAAGACCUGGAAUGCCUCCACCACCUACAUGUUCCACCUGGCCGUCUCGGACACCCUCUACGUGGUGUCGCUGCCGCUCCUGGUCUACUAUUACGCCAUGGAGGACAACUGGCCGUUCGGCGUGGCCCUGUGCAAGAUCGUCCGCUUCCUGUUCUACACCAACCUGUACUGCAGCAUCCUCUUCUUGCUCUGCAUCAGCAUCCACCGCUUCAUGGGCGUCUGCCUCCCGCUGAGGUCCCUGGAGUGGGGGCAGGUGCGCUACGCCCGCUGGGUGUCGGCGGUCGUCUGGGCGGUGGUGGUCGUCUGCCAGUCCCCGGUGCUCUUCUUCGUCACCACCAGCCAGCGGUGCGACAAGAUCACCUGCCACGACACCUCGGCCAAGGACCUCUUCGGGCAGUUCGUCAUCUACAGCGCGGUGAUGCUGGUCCUGCUCUUCGUCAUCCCCUUCCUGGUCAUCAUCGUCUGCUACUGCCUGAUGGCCCGCAAGCUGCUGCAGCCCACCCGCGGCACCACCCGCAUGUCCAGCUCCAAGAAGAAGUCGGUCAAGAUGAUCGUCAUCGUCCUGGUGGUCUUCAUCAUUUGCUUCCUGCCCUUCCACGUCACGCGCACCUUGUACUACUCCUUCCGCAACUGGGACCUGAGCUGCCCGACCCUCAACGCCAUCAACCUGGCGUACAAAGUCACCCGGCCGUUGGCCAGCACCAACAGCUGCCUGGAUCCCAUCCUGUACUUUUUGGCGGGGCAAAAAUUCGUGAAGUUCGCCUGCCCGCAAACGCCGGCGAAAGAUGCCAACCAGUCUGGCACGGACAGCACGCCCAACUGCCACCUGAAGGUCAGGAACCACCUGGCUAUGAAAACCAAGAAAGUGGCAUCUUAGCUGGGACAGGUCCCACCCUAACUAGGCUCUCUGGGCCUGCAUAGCUCUGUCGGUAGAGUUGCCAGCUUAGGGCUGUUCACAGUCAACUUUGGAGACACUGGAAGUGUGUUUUCAAGCUGCAUCAACGGGAAGUGGUAGAACAGAGGGGUUUGCGUGAGCACCCCACUUUUCUAAGGCACUUUUUUUAAAUGGGAAGGUACUAUCAAACAUGUUGCCUAGCCUGGCAAGGUGCAUAACGGUACAACAGAAACUUAGUUAGCAAAUGGUCACAAAGGGGAUGGCCAAAAGGCAGGUCCCCCGCAACUAGAAUAUCUACCUGUGAUGUGAUGUGGCAUUUUGGAGCAAGCACCAAUCCGGACG